CCAAAUCUUUGCUAUAUACCACAUACACAUCACACUCACACUCGUGACUACCCAAGGGCCAAGGGGUACCUUCUCACUGCUCGGGAUUCACCCGUUACCUAAAGAGACUGUAUGUUGAUGGUCUACGCACCGGUCCGAUUCAAGUCGAUCGCACCACACGGCGUCAUUCCUUCUACCUCCCUUCCACCAUCGCAUUCCAUCAUUCAGUAACCUUUCUUGAACCGUAUACCCUCUAGCGUUCACAAACCCUUAAAUUCAUCGUAGAAUACCCACAGGAGUAAUCUUCAGCACUGGUGACAUACUCAAAUCCGUCAUGUCACUUUUCGGUCAAACCAAAAGACACGGCAUCACCAAAUUAGGUAGACGUUCACCUCUUCCAAUAUUCACUACCGACCCAGAAAAGAAAUACGGUCAUUCUUUAACUUCCCCUUCUUCAACAUCAUCAAAUUUCUUCUCAGUGUUCUAUCUCCCAAUGCCUCGACUUCCAUUCCUCAGGAGUUCUUCAUCUGAAAUUCUGUUAAAUGGAAAUGGAUUAUCUUCCAAACCUUAUCAUUCCAACUCACAUCGACCUAGACGUUAUGUUCGUAUAUGUCUUCCUAUACCUCCUCGAAUAUUAUCACGAUUAUCACGUUCGAAUCCUCUGCGAACAGUUUUCAUCUUAUUCGUCUGUCUAUUAUUCGGUAUAUUCUUAUUAGGAUUUAGAAAAAGAGGUCAUGGGAGAAACACAUGGUCACCUCCUUUUGUUGAUCCGAAUACUUCGGUUUUAUCACCAGAAGAAAUUGCUAUGAUUUGGGAAUGGGAAGUCUUAAGUGGUCAUCAUCCAAGUACUCAAUUAGCACCAGAUAAUAUCCCUCUGGUACCUACUAUACAUAAUCCGGUAGUACCAGAAUCUCUCUUACCUUCAUUAUCUUCCCCCAGUCCUCUCGUAGCUUACCAUCAACGGGGCGCUACGAACCCACGUACUCAGAUCAUUGGAAGAGGACCAGAUCGACAUUACAUUCCUGUUCAGGAAUUUAUCAACACUAAUCCUGGUUUCCCAUAUCGGCCAACUCCGGGAACGAUCAUCGAUCUGGAUCUCGUCGUAGAGAAAUGUGAUUUUGGUACUAACAAAUAUGUUCGAGACUGCCUCGAAUAUCUUCGAAUCGGUGCUGGUCUUGACAACGGUCGACGGGUCCGACGUGGCAACUAUUUGGGCAUGUACAAACAUCUCUAUUCCGAAUCAUCCACCCCUUCCAAACAAUUCACUCUCUCCCCUCGACCACCAUCCAUCCACUCACCCAGAUCCUCCCGCGAGCCCCUCUCCCUCCCACCUCCCUUCCCCGUAUCACCGACCUUCUCUUCGGAUGACCCAUGUGACCCCCUUCACCCUAGAAUAUUCCACAUGUUUUGGGCAGGACCAUUCACCGACAAACCCUAUAUGGCAGUCAUGUCCUUCCUCUUUACCCAAAAUCUCGGUCUAGACAGACCUCUGUCUGAACAAUCGACCAUCAUUCGUGAUACCUGCCGACCGCAAUUUUGGGUAUGGAUCAACCCUGGUCCAGCAGCCGCCGUUCCCAAUCCAUCAGCAAGAAGAGAAAUGCUGGAGCAAUUGAACACCAAUCCAUGGUCGGCCCCGUUCCUCCAUGAUAGAUUCAGAGACGUGGUCAAGUUCAAAAUGUGGAAUACGACAGAACAAUUAGAUGGAAUACCAGAGUUGAAAAAUUAUUGGCGUGACAUGCCAAUUUUCAAUUCUGGAGGAAAUACAUAUCUAUUAGAAGAAGAAGCAGAAUCGGAAUUAGAAUCUGAAGUAUCUACAGAAGCUUUCCAACCAAAAAAGAAGAAAGAUAUAUUUGAAAAAGUUGGUUCUGCUUCGGAGAGUGAUUAUGACCGAUUAUCCGUCAUUUUAUCCGAUAUGGCUAGAUUCGUACUCACACAUCGAUUCGGUGGUAUUUAUUUAGAUGCGGAUACGAUAUUCUUGAGAGAUUGGGAAGAAUUAUGGAAUUACAGAGGUCAAUUCGCAUAUCGUUGGUCUUGGCAUCAAAAGUAUAAUACCGCGGUUUUGAAAUUACAUAAAGGAAGUGCUUUGGCUUCUUUCUUGUUCAAAACUGCUUUGGAAAAUGGAUUGGAUUUUCAUCCAAUGACGGUUUCGAGAUAUUUGAAAGAUGCAGGUUUGGAAAGGUUAUUAUUCAGAAUACCGGAUGCUUUGUUUGAUCCUGCUUGGUUAAACAUGGAAAGGUAUCAAAGAGAUAGACCACCUUUUCCUUAUUUCCCAGAAUUCUCAUUCUUCUUUUCAAACGAUAAAUUCGAUACGGCAGGUCCUCAACCACUCGGAUUCGACGGUUUCUUCCGUGGCGCAUUCUCUUACCAUUUCCAUAAUUUCUGGUGGUUACCAUUCGACCCUUCACGAAAUUGGCCCGAUUUAGGACCGCGGUUCUCAGAAGGGGAGAAUAGCAUACGUGAAGGUAUGGGGGAGAAGGUGAGUUUUGAAGGGGAAGAACAAGGAGGUGUUGGGGGAGUUAGUAAGAGGGAAGAUAUGGAUGAUGAAGUGGAUUUGAGUUGGAGUACGGUAUUGAAAAGGACUUUUGAGGGUUUUGUGAGAGGUGAAAGACCGAACAUGUAUGGGGAAUGGUUAGUUUGGUGAGAGUUGGAAACGAGUGGUGAUAUCUGGUCUUCCAUACUUUAUUUUCCUGCCUCCACGUAUUAUCUAUCUUUUUCCCAUCCACUCUCUCCUGGAGUUGGAAUUAUCGGAGGAGAGACUUAUUUGGAAUGAAUCGGGAGAUGGCGGUAGAUGGGAGGGAUCCGAAUAAGAGGGAAGACGGGCUAGUGGAUAUGAGUUGGGGGCUAAGGGAUGAGGAUAACGCUGGAGCUAAGGGGGUGAGUAUGGCAUGAAGAGGGAAGGAUAGAGAUGGAGCAAGUUGAGAUUCUGUGCAUAUGACAUAUUGUUUGAUGCAUCUGCAUUGCUUGGAG